AUGGGGAGAAUUAAAAAGGUGGCCAGCCAGAAGCACGAGGCUACGAUCUCACCGUAUUUGUCGGAUUUCAUAGCCCGUGCGACGACGAUUCCAAUCCCCGAGCUUCCCUCCCACCUGAAAUCGUUUCCUCGGAUAUGGCCUUUCCCUCGCGGUGACUUUUAUCACUGGAUCAACGUCGUGAAUUGCAUCGAUGAGAUUCUAGCGACCGUAAUCGAAAAAUAUGCUUUGAACAAUGGUCCACAGACAAAGCCUUUUGGCAGAUACGUUCUGGUGGAUUCGUGCUCGGAAGGUGAAGACAAAGCGAGUGUUGAAGACAUCGAUGCCAAGCUGAAUGCUCUGGGAUUUGGCCCUGAAGGAGACAGGGAGCUUGUGGAAGUACUCCUGAAUUUCUCAAAGCUUUUGCUAGAGAAAUGUGGCAACCGCAGCCUGUACAACAGCAGUGAACGUCUAGGUGAUCUCCUUAAUACCACAUCACUUUCUCUCCUGCAUACUACACUGCGGUUGGGUCUCUGCUUGGCGCAGAGAUAUUAUUCGCGCCAAAAGGGUGGCUCGCACAUUCAGCAGAGCUUGCUGGCCGCUCACUAUAAUAUCGAACUGGAGAAGUUGCUGAAAAUCGCCGUACCAUUCCCUCGCCCAUUUACCUCUGGCAAGCCUAGCUCUGCGUCCCCCGCUGUGUUAGCCAAGAGCAAAGAGAAGGGCAUCCAGACAAAACAUAAUGCCAACGAUCUUGUCUCGCUCGUACGCGAGAACGAUGGCUGGGAUGAAUGGGGUCACGCUCGUGUGCUCUAUUACCCCCCGGGCUCCUCGGAGCAAACGAAACCCACGGGCGACAGUGGACAUGGGCAACAAGCCCCAUCCACGCCAACGCCGCUGCGUAGGAGCCACACUCAUCCCACCCCUCGUUUGAGCCGCUCGACUGUUGCGGAGGACUCGCCUGGUAUCACCAACAGUUCCUCUGGGAAGCCGGAGGAGCCGAUGCGAGGCGGAAAGGUCCUUGACAUUCCAUACUCAAAGGCCUCUUCCUUGACAACUGAGGACAUUCUUGCGUCGCAUUUGGACGAGGUACCGGCCGAUUCGAAAUACGAAUUGCUUCACAAAGUCCGUAUUGCCCAAAGUCUGGCAGUGUCUCAUGCUGGACGUGAACAGAUUCUUGCAAUCAGGAUUCUUGCCAUCACCAACUUGGCCUAUGUCUAUCCCGAAGCUAUCUUCCAACAAAAGGUUCUCCUCUUUGACAUGGAGCAGCCCAAACGUCUUCAGCUUGCAUACCAGCUUGCUGAAUUGGUUCAUCUGGGUGCAAGUGGCGAUCUUCCCGUUUCGAGGCAUGUGCAGGCUUUGGCAAUCUUGGCACUUGAUGCGAUUGCAAAGCAUAAAGCGCGCGCUAUGGACGUUUGCGCAGCCUUGAGCGUUAAUGUAAACCACGGAAUUCUCAUGUUCUUGGCUCGCAAGGCAGUUAAUGAGCUCGGCACAGAGGAUGGUUCUGAGGAUGAUGCUAGUCAAGACGAGUGGCGCGAUGCCCUACUUGCCCUUUUGCGGACGCUUCCUGGCUCAAGCUCUAGAACCCCGGAAACGCUCGUCUCUGCCGGUAUCAUCCGACUGUUUGUCGAUGUUUUGAACCUUCGAACCGAGAAGGCUCGCCGGGUGUACUCUCGUACCAUCGAGUUCCUUGAUACCUUCGUCCAUGCGGUUCGGGAUGCACUCGGGACUCUUACAGCGGCCAAAGGUUUUGAUGCCAUUUCUGACCUGAUUGAAUACGAAACGAAAACAGCUUUUGAGAACGUCUCAAAAGGCUUGGGCAUUCCUUCCCCUCACAAAACCCCAUCGAUGGAUUACCAGAUUCCGUAUUUCCAGCAACAGACCCUUAGAUGGAUGUUUCGUUUCGUCAAUCACAUCAUGCAACAUGCCCAUGGUGGCUUUGACCGUGUUCUGCGAAACCUGAUCGACUCUCCCCAGCUGCUGACGUCCCUAAAGUUGGUGUUCGAGAAUGCUCGGGUAUAUGGUUCCCACGUUUGGAGCAAUGCGGUCAACAUCCUCAGCAGCUUCAUCCACAACGAACCUACUAGCUAUGGGGUCAUCGCCGAAGCGGGCUUGAGCAAGGCUCUCUUACAGGCCGUUAUGCAGUCUGAACUCAAAACCCAAGAGAAGCUACCUGCUGAACCUGAAGAGACUGAAGCCGAGGGCGCCGCAGCUCAGGGCGAAGCUCCAUCUGAACCCGGAGCUGUCGCACCUACCCAGUCGACAGGUGUGCGCGAAAGGUCUCGCGAAUACCCUCUUGUUCGACCGAAGGGGAUGCCGCUUGCACCUGGAAUUUUAACUGCUCCAGAGGCCUUAUCAUGCAUACCCACGGCUUUUGGUGCCAUUUGCCUGAAUUCGUCUGGCUUGCAGCUUUUCCAGUCGUCUCAUGCAUUGGAAAGUUUCUUCGAGAUCUUCGAGAACCCCGAGCAUGUGAGGUGCCUGAAAGACGACUCGCAUCUUGUUCGUUCGCUGGGCACAACUUUCGACGAAUUAGUUCGGCACCACCCUGCGCUCAAGUCAUCCAUCAUGUCCGCAGUCAUCGUGAUGGUUGCUCGUGUUGCUCUUUUGUGUAAGAGCAAGGCGUGGUCGCAUGGGAUGGGAACGAAGCUAUGGACCGAAGACUCACAGGGCAAAGCAUCCAUUUCGGGCGAUCUCUCUGUCUUGUUCAGAGAAGUUGGACUGCCCCUCGAUGGAUCUUCCACGGGUGGUGUCCAGGGCCUUGGAGUUCCUGAGCUCAACGCUACGACGCUCCCCAACGGCGGCCACCUCACAAUGGGUGACCUAAACCAAAUCGUUCCGUCGAACGAAUCCUUGGAACCCAAAGAUCAAGACGACAAUGGGCUUACUGCGACGGAUUACCUCUAUCCUGCACUGCGAUUCCUUGGGGCAUUCUUCGAGAACCAAAGUAACUGCGCGUACUUCAUCGAAUCUGGAGGUGUCGAAUUCAUCUUGGAUUUCGCAACUUUGCAGAGUCUGCCGUUUGAUUUCCACAACACGGACGCCAAUCAAGAACUCACCGUGCUGGUACACAUGCUUGUGGAAACCAAACCGCAUCUUGUCCUUCCUUCACUCGUAAAUCGCGCGCAGUCUGUUGUGGAUAACCUCUCUGGUUUCUGCUCCGAACCUAAGGACGCCGGUUUCUUCACGUCCCUGAUCAAGCCACCACAAGAGCAAGUGUCCGAAGAGAAAGGGAAAGAUGUACUCAGUUCCUCGAAAGAAAACGGCACGUAUUUCGCUAAGAAUAUGGGCGCGGCCUUGAUUUUGACCGAUUUACUCCGCGAAGUUUACUCCAUACCGCUGUACCAGACUCGGCACCAUACUUCCGCUUUUCUCCAAGUAAACCUGGCUGAUCGAUAUACCUCGCUCGUGAUGGCCCUAGGAAAACUGCAUGCGGCUUGUGUCUGGGAAGAGAUCUUACUUGAAAAGAAUAUCCCAGACACCUGGGAUCAAGCGACAAAGGUCCAAGCCGCCGGUAAUGCCAUGGAAACGUCACAGGAUACUGCUCAGCCCUCGAACGCAGGAGAGAGCUCAUCACAGCCUACAACUGGGCCUCAAAGAGAAGGUGACGACACUGCUCAGGCUCCUGCCAAUCGGGAGCCCAAGGAUAGCUCCUCAAAAGCUCCCGAAGGUGUCGCAUUCAAGAAUGUGCGGGCAUUGCGUUAUCUUCUUAGUUCCCUGCCCACUUCCAUAACGGGCUUUUACCACAACCUUGGUCUGGGACUCAUCGGAAAGAGAAAGGCAGAGUCCUAUCCAAGACAAAAUGCGAACAUAGUUGCUGAAUCCAUCGCCACGGCUGUUCUCAAUCAAUUGCAGUUCAGCCCCCCGAACUCCAUCGAUAACCCGAAGCAUCGGUUCGCUUACCUGAUUGUCAUACUCUCAUCCUUUUCACAUCUGCUUUUUGAAGCAUCCGCUGAACGCUCUCAAGCGCAGUAUCUCACCCUCGUUCUGUUUGCGUUUAAGAGGAUUGGUGGUUUGAAAGCCGUCAAGGAUGUCUGUGAUGUCUUUAUCGAAGAGGUUAAAGCUCUGACGCCGCCCAAAUCCGUAUCUGAGUCCGAAAAGGAUGUCUCGGCCCGACUUACAUCUGCGUACGGAGGUAUCCGGAUCAUCCUCAAUUUCUUCUCUGAGCUCGCUUCUGGAAAGAACAUCAUCGAAUCCAGCCAGACGCAAGCCAUAACUUCUAGCAGUGACCGGGAGCGUGAACGAUCUGAUUACUUCCAGCCCGGGCAGUUUCUCGUGGAUCUGCGGAUGGAAAUCUUGCCUAUGGUUCGGGAACAUUGGAACUCCGACUUCGCAACCCAGUCAUCUAGUUCCAUCAUCAAGUGCAUGGUUGAUAUCUUGCGGUCUUGCCUUGAUGGUGAAUUCGAGGUUGGGGCUGCUCGCCGCUCCGAAAACCCCCCUGCAGUCACGGAUGUGACCAGGAGAAAAUUUGUUGCCCAUAAGGACCGUGUCGUUUCUUUGCAAGAGAAAGGGUAUGACAACGAACUCGCCAAGGAGGCUAUAUAUCGUUGCAAUAACGUUUCCGGUGCUGCUGAAGAAUAUUGCAAGGCGCAGAACUGGUUGCGGGUUCCCCCAAGACUCCCUCCAUCUUCUGAUGACAUAGAAUCUAUGAGAUCUGGAGCAACGUCUGGCGGGGAGGCCCCUGAAGACACUAUGGAUUCCCCAUUUUUCAACAAUGGCCCUCUGGAGUCUUCUGCACUCGCCAUGCUCCUUUCACAAGCUUCCGAUCGAAGUGGUGUUCACGGCCAACCCCGAGGAAGAAGUGCAGAGGCUGGCGCCGGUAAUGGCCCCGAAGUCCUUGCGCGGGCCCUUAAUGACAUCCUGAACCAUGAGCGAGGUGCGGGCGAUAGUGACCGGGAGGGUCCUUCGAGCAGCAACCCAAGAAACACCACUUCCGAUGCCCCGCCAUCUUCCGAGCCCUCUAAUCGACCUACGAGCCAGGAGUCACAGCAACCUACCGAACAGCCUGCUCGACGACGCGAAGUGUCCACCAUUGAGGAUUUGGAUGCGGAACGCGAAAAGGUUCGCUCCAACAUGAUCGAGCGUUGCUUAGAUGUUCUUAAUGAGCACCACGAUGUGUCGUUCGAGCUAUCGGAUUUGAUCGCCUCCGCCACAAGGAAGCACCGUGAUCCAGAGAGCUUUCGAAGGGAAGUUGGUGAAAUUCUUGUCCAAUCCCUAGUUUCUUUGCAAAUGGAGAAUUUCCAGACUGCUGGGAAGAAGAUCGCCGCCUACGCUCACAUCCUCGCCUUGGUCCUCCAAGACAAAGACAUGUACAACGCUACACUGGAGGAGUUGAAGGAUUGCUUCGGGACAUUCCUUUCGUUUGUCAAGACUCCGAAACCAGAACCGAACGAGUCUUUCCCUUGGAUCGGACAUGUGUUGCUCAUCCUCGAAAGAUUACUAUCUGACGACGCGCAGCCUCAGCAGAUUCGUUGGACACCUCCUAGUCUGGAUGACCCGAACCCGGAUGGUAAUGAGCAAGCACAACUGGAAGAACCACUCGUCUCGCACGACCAAAAGGCGCAGCUUUUCGAAGCGAUUAUUGAACUUCUGCCGAGAGUAGGGAAGGAUGACGCAUUGGCGCUUUCGGUGUGCCGAAUUCUUGUGGUUCUCACGCGGCACCGUAGUAUCGCUACCCGUUUGGGAGAGAAGCAAAACUUGCAGCGUCUAUUUGUCAUGGUCAAGCAGCUCUCUAGUGCUACGAACGCGAAGCUUCAAAGUGCAUUCAUGUUGAUCUUGAGGCAUAUCAUCGAAGACGAGGACACUAUCAGGCAAAUCAUGAGGAGCGAGAUUGUGGCUAAUUUCGAAGCCAAAUCUUCUCGUCAUAUCGAUACGACUAGUUACGUUCGCCAAAUGUACCACCUCGUGCUCAGAUCACCUAACAUAUUCGUGGAAGUAACCAACGAGAAGCUGAAACUGAUGCGAUACGAUUCGCAUCAGCGCCCGCAGACACUCGCCUUGAAAUCAGACCCCUCCUCAAAGUCCUCGUCUAACCAAGAAGGGGACAGCCAGAAGCCUUCUGCGGACGAGCCAGCGUCUGAGGACAAGGAUAAGGACAAGGGCAAGGGUGCUGAGCUGAAGCCACCCGUCGUCGAGAACCCAGACGGAGUCAUUCACUAUUUGCUCUCGGAGCUUCUGUCCUACAAAGACGUCGACGACAAAGAGCCGCCGGCUGAGACUUCACAGCGGCCUGGACAAGAUCAGCCUGCAUCUCAAACUGACGUGGAAAUGGCAACCGAUGAACAAUCCACUGCUGCCCCGGGGGCUGACGCUCAGGCGAACCGCGAUUCCAAGAAGCCAGAGAAGCCGGCGUUCAAAGCGGAUGAGCAUCCAAUUUACAUUUACAGGUGCUUCCUUCUCCAGUGUCUGACGGAACUGCUUUCGUCGUACAACCGAACGAAGGUUGAAUUCAUCAACUUCUCUCGCAAGGCAGAUCCUCUUGCAACAACACCGUCAAAGCCUCGCUCGGGUGUCCUCAACUACCUCCUGAACGCUCUCAUUCCGAUUGGAACCAUGGAGCACGACGAAUCUGUGGCUUUCAAGAAGCGAAACAACACGUCUGCAUGGACAUCGCGCGUGCUUGUUGCAUUGUGCACCAAGACUGGCGAAUUUGGUGGAACUCCAAAACGGCGCAGCGAGCAAAAGCUCAACGAGGAAGAUGAACCGGAACUUGCUUUUGUCCGCAGAUUCACCCUUGAGCACGCUUUGCGUUCCUACAAAGAUGCGAAUGCGUCGAACGAGCUUUUGGAUUCCAAGUACUCGAAGUUGAUGUCACUUGCUGACCUGUUCGAUAAGAUGCUCAGCGGGUAUACAUUUGUCUCGGGAGAUUCGGCGUACCCAGCUUCGACAAGACACCUUGCGAAGACCAUGUUCGAGAAGAAUUUCAUCAACGCCCUCACUGCUUCAAUCGCCGACGUUGACCUCAACUUUCCUGCUUCCAAACGCGUUAUUAAAUACAUCUUGCGGCCGCUUAACAAACUAACACAGACUGCUGUUAUUUUGAGUGAGACCUCAGACAUUUCUACACUCGGAGAGACUGAGGAAGACGAGAUUUCCUCGGCAACCUCGGUUUCGGACAUCGACGAUGAGCGUGAAGAGACCCCUGAUCUUUUCCGCCACUCCACCCUCGGCAUGCUCGAGCCUCGUCAUGAGGAAGAAACAAGUUCCGAGGAGUCUGGCGAGGAAGACGAUGACGAGAUGUACGAUGACGAAUAUGACGAAGAAAUGGACUACGACGAGGACAUGCCCGAAGAUGACGGUGAAGUGGUUAGCGAUGAGGAUGAUGAAGAGGGCGUCGGACCCAUUGAAGGCCUUCCUGGUGACACCGGUAUGGACAUCGAAGUUGUCCUUGAUGAUGAAGAUGAUGAAGAUGACGAGGAAGAUGAUGAGGACGCUUCUGACAUGGAUGAUGACGAAAUUUUUGCAGGCGAAAUCACCGGCGAUCGGGACAACGAAAGUCUGGAAGAAGGUGAAGAUGAUGACGAUGAAUGGGAAAGCGAAGAAAUUUCCGACAAUGACGAAGAGGCCGAGAUGAUGGAUCAGUUCGAAGAUCAGUUGGCCGACAUUCGACAGACGGACCCCCACGGUGAAGGUCAGCGAUUCGACGAUUUGUUCCGUGUCCUGAAUGAAGCUGCCGGAGGAAUGGAUGAACUCCAAGAUGAUGGUCUUAUGGGAGAGAUGCAUGAUGAUAUUGUUGAUGAUAUGCACGACGACGAAGAUGAUGAAGGAAUCGAUGAUUUUGAGGAGGAUCUUGGCGACGAUGCCGAUGACGACCAGGGGUCAUACCAGGGUGUCGACGAAGAUGACGAUAUGCUUGACACUUGGGACAUAGAUGGCGAUGACCUUCCAAUGCCACAUGGUGGACAACCUCCCCGAUUUGGUGGCGGUCAACCAACGUUGGCUGCUGUUACCGGAUUUAUGCCUGGUCGUAACGGCGGACUUGUUCCCAUUCAGCCUUAUCGACUCCACCGAGCUCAGGCACCCGCGAGCACCAAUAACGACGGAACCAACCCUCUGCUUGUUCGCAGCGAUCGUGGCGCUGAGCAGGCCGCCCCGACCCAUGCAGGUGCCGAGGCUUUCUCGGACUGGGUGCAUGGCAUGGAACCACCUCCUGCAGGGCGCAUGCUCCAAAUGGAAAGCCCUGUGAGCUUCAUGAAUGCCAUUCUACAGGCUAUUGGUGGACAAGGCGCACCUGGCUUCGGUGUCAUUACUCGCCCCGAGGGUAUCCAGCUACAUGUUGAUCAGCGGGCUCUGCCAAACCAAGUUCAGGACAUCUUUGGUCUGGGUAGACCACAAGCUCCUCCGACUCGCCCAAGGGACGAUCCAUCUCAAGCAGUCAGCUUUGCUCUGGAUACCACUAGGAACCGCUGGCAAGAGGAAGCCGGCAUCCUUUUCAGCAACACGUAUGUGGAGAAAACACAGCGCGUUAUCAACUCUCUCCUCAAGAUUCUCGUUCCUCCCGCCAUUGAAGAAGAAAAGAAGCGACUGAAGCAAUUGGAGGAAGAGCGCAAGCGACGCGAGGAAGAGAGGGCAGAAAAAGAGCGCCAAGAGCGUAUUGCCAGAGAAGAGGAGGAUAAAGAGCGAAAGCGACAAGAGGAAGAAGAGAAUACCAAACGGCAGCAGGAAAGGGAGCAGCAAGAAGCCGAACGACAGGCCGCUGGAGAGGCUGUAGAGCCGAUGGAUGAUGUUCAACGAACCGAACCCGCUGCAGAAGUUGUUGCUCCUGAGUCUGGUCCGGCUGAGCCCAUUCAACGGGUUACUACAACAAUCAGAGGCCGCGAACUUGACAUUACGGGGAUGGAAAUUGAUCCGGAGUACCUUGAGGCUCUGCCCGAAGACUUGAGGGAAGAAGUCAUAAUGCAGCAGGUCGCUGAGCAGCGCUCGCAGGCUGCCGCAGCGGGUGAAGAACCGAGCGAGAUCAACCCCGAAUUCUUGGAGGCGUUACCUGAUGAAAUUCGCGAGGAACUGCUGCAACAAGAAGUCGCAGACCGCCGUCGUCGGGAACGUGAUAAUGCACGUAGACAGGCCGCAGCUGGUGCUGUUGCUGGUGCUGGUGCUGGUGCUGGUGCUGGUGCUGGUGCUGGUGCUGGUGCUAGUGGUCCGUCUCAUACCGAAGAGCACGAGACUCCUGCUGGGUUCCUGGCUACUUUGGACCCCAUCUUGCGACAGUCCAUUCUUGCGGACCAACCAGAAGAAGUCCUGGCGACUCUGGGUCCAGAAUAUGUCUCCGAAGCGCGUACUCUUCCUGCGAGACGGUUGGCUCAAUUUGGCGAUAUUCCCCGACUUGAUCGGCACAGGGAUGAGCCUGAGGAGGAGGUAGAAGAACAAAAGAAGCCGCAGCGGCGACAGAUCGUGCAAAUGCUCGACAAGGCCGGUGUUGCAACCCUCCUCCGAUUAAUGUUCAUGCCUUUGCAGGGCAACGCGCGCCAUCAACUGAACGAUAUUCUCCACAAUGUCUGCCAGAACCGCCAGAACCGGAUGGAGGUCAUCAGUCUCCUUUUAUCUGUGCUGCAAGACGGUAGCGUGGAUGUCUCGGCCAUCGAACGUAGCUUUGCGCAGCUGUCACUUCGCGCCAAGGCUCCUGCAGCGCAGAAGACGCCUCAAUCUAUCAAGCGGAACCUGUUCUUCCAGACAUCAUCGAGCGUCAGCAGUGAGGUAACUCCGAUUAUGGUGGUGCAACAAUGUCUGUCGGCCCUCUCUUUCCUGUCGCAGUACAACCCCCAUAUCGCGUGGUUCUUCCUCACCGAGCACGAUCCUUCUACGCUGAAAUUGAAGGCUCUUCGAAAGGGCAAGGGCAAGGAAAACCGUGCGAACAAGUUUGCUCUGAAUGCUCUGCUUUCUCUUCUUGACCGGCAGUUGAUUAUGGACAGUCCAAACUGCAUGGAACAGCUUUCGAGCCUUCUUAGCAGCAUCACACACCCUCUCAACUUACUUCUACGCCGCGAGAAGGAGAAGCAGGAAGAGGAAAAGGAGAAGGAGAAGGGCAAGCAGCCUGAGCGGGCUCAAGAGCAACCUCAAGAGGAACAGCGCCCGGCAGAACAAGAACAAGCACAGCCUUCCGAAACAACUGAAGCUCCUAGUUCGGGUGCCGAUGCGACUAUGACAGAUGCUCCCCUCCCUACCGUGGAGACCACCGAACCGGAAGGCACGGAGUCUGCGCAGACCGAAGAGGGCGGAUCGGUAGAGGCCAACAAGCGGGACAUGGCCAAGGAACCUUCGGGAGACGAGAAGCACAAGCGGAAAACCAUCGAACCUCCUGUUAUCCCUGAUUACAACUUGCAACUGGUCGUCCAUAUCCUUGCUGCUCGUGAAUGCAACGGGAAGACGUUCAGAGACACGCUCUCGACCAUCAAUAACCUGUCGGCCAUUCCGGGAGCGCGCGAUGUGAUUGGAAACGAACUUCUCGGCCAGUCUCGGAAGCUGAGUACCACAAUCUUAACCGACUUGGAUGAGUUGUUGCCCCAUAUCCACCAGGCUCGGACUGGUACCGACAUGCAAGGAUUGGCACUGGCAAAAUUCUCUCCAGCUAGCUCCGAUCAGGCGAAGCUGUUGCGUGCUCUAACAGCGCUUGACUAUCUGUUCGACCCUAACCGUAUCGACAAGACCAAACAAAACGAGCCCGACUCUGCUGCCAAGGAAGAUGUUCUCCAGAGCUUGUAUGAGACCUCUACGUUUGGGCCUCUCUGGACUAAGCUGAGCGAAUGCUUGACCGCUAUCCGGAAGAAGGAGAAUAUGCUGAACGUGGCUACUAUUCUCCUCCCAUUGAUCGAAGCUCUGAUGGUCGUUUGCAAGAACACGACUCUGAAGGAGGCUUCUCGCAACAGCCGGGAACUGUCUGUGUCUAAUACGUCUAUCGAUGCCAACAUGGGUAUGGAGAACCUGUUCUUCAAGUUCACCGAGGAACAUCGCAAGAUCCUCAACGAGUUGGUUCGCCAGAACCCCAAGCUCAUGAGCGGUUCCUUCUCUUUGCUCGUCAAGAACCCCAAGGUUCUCGAGUUCGACAACAAGCGCAACUACUUCACCCGGCGAGUCCAUUCCCGUGGUGCGGAGCCUCGUCAACCUCAUCCACCCCUUCAACUCUCUGUGCGCAGAGAUCAGGUGUUCUUGGACUCCUUCAAGUCUCUGUACUUCAAGACGGCAGAUGAGUUGAAGUAUGGCAAAUUGAACGUGCGCUUUAUUGGCGAGGAGGGUGUCGACGCAGGUGGCGUGACAAGAGAAUGGUUCCAAGUUCUUGCGCGCGGCAUGUUCAACCCCAACUACGCGCUGUUUAUUCCGGUUGCUGCCGACAGCACAACCUUCCAUCCUAAUCGCCUGAGUGGAGUCAACUCGGAACAUUUGAUGUUCUUCAAGUUCAUCGGGCGGAUCAUCGGUAAGGCUUUGUAUGAAGGUCGCGUUCUCGAUUGCCACUUCAGCCGAGCAGUGUACAAGUGCAUUCUCGGUAGAAACGUGUCUAUCAAGGACAUGGAAACACUUGACCUCGAUUAUUACAAAUCUCUCCUCUGGAUGCUCGAGAACGAUAUCACCGACAUUAUCACGGAGACCUUCGCCGUGGAAACGGAUGACUUUGGAGAGAAACAAGUGAUCGACCUGAUCGAGAACGGUCACAACAUCCCUGUCACCCAAGAGAACAAGGAAGAAUACGUGCAGCGUGUGGUUGAUUACCGCCUGCUCAGAUCCGUCAAUGAGCAACUCGAUAAUUUCCUCAAAGGCUUCCAUGAAAUUAUUCCACCGGAUCUUAUUUCCAUUUUCACUGAGCAGGAGCUCGAACUGUUGAUUUCCGGUUUGCCCGAGAUUGAGGUGGACGACUGGAAGGCCAACACUGAGUACCACAACUACUCGGCAUCUUCGCCCCAGAUCCAAUGGUUCUGGCGUGCGGUGCGUUCCUUCGACAAGGAAGAGCGUGCCAAGCUGCUCCAGUUUGUCACUGGAACUAGUAAAGUGCCACUCAACGGCUUCAAGGAACUCGAGGGUAUGAACGGAAUCAACAGGUUCAAUAUCCAUCGCGACUACGGUGACAAAGAGCGCCUUCCUAGCUCGCAUACAUGCUUCAACCAGCUUGAUCUCCCAGAAUACGAAAGCUAUGAAACACUCAGGCAGCGCCUGUAUACAGCAAUGACGGCUGGCAGUGAAUACUUUGGGUUUGCAUAG